AUGCUCAGCCGCAGCCUCAGCAUCCUCGUCCUCGGCCUCAUCGCCCUCCUCUCCCUCGCCACUCCCGCCGCCGCCGGCCCCGACUUUUGGCAAGUCUGGAACAACCGCAACCAAUGCGCCAAAAAGGACGUCCGCGUCGUCGGCGCAAUCAUGAAGUUCUGCGCCCACAACUUCUGGACUGGAAACGCCUAUGCUGCCGACGGCCAGUCUCAAUCGGGAGUCAAGGUCGGUGUUGGCGCUAGCUGCAGAUAUGGCACUUUUGUGCCCAAGGAAUGGUGUGAGAGUCAGAUGUUGGAGGUGUGUGCUUAUGGCAGCGCCAGAGGUCGUGGACAAAGAAAGUAUGAUAGUGGAUGCCAGCACUUCUGGAUCACCAAUGGAUAA